UUAGUUCUGCAUCCACUGCUGGAAUUAUGUGCACGUGUUAAAAGCCCUGCAGCUUUUUACUAUUAUUGUUAUUUCUUUCUGGAUUUAAUUGAUCCCACUUCCCCUUGCCGUUCACGCGCCAUGUGGAUUAUUUUUGCGUUUCUCCUGGCCGCGGCUGGUCCUGAUGGGAGCCUGGGAUGCCAGCUGCCCCACGACUGGAGACCCCAGACGGAGGCGUGCCGAGCCGAGCUCGCGGAGAUCAUCGUCUUCGCCAAGGUGCUGGCCCUGCACAAGGAGUCCUACAGCGUGUACAACUACCUGCCGUGGCAGCACGACUCCGACCUGCUCUUCUCCGCAGAGAUCGAGCUGCUGUGCGACCAGGCGUGGGGCAGCAUGCUGGAGGUGCCCGCCGGCUCCAGGUUCAAUGUCACCGGCCUGGGCUACUUCUCCUGCUUCUCCUACAGUGUCCUCAAAAACAACAACUACUACUUCUUUCUCAGGAUGGAUGAGAACUACAACAUUGUCCCUCAUGGGGUAAACUUCCAGGACCCGAUAUUUCCAGACACUCCUGAGAACCACCGCAUGUUUUCGAGCUUCUUCCAGUUUUCCAACUGCACACCUGGAACCCAAGUCCACAGCUUCUCCCCGCAGUGGGAGGCUCAGGAGGACAGCCGGCUGUUGUGCUCCACUGUGCAGAAGGCUCUGUUUGAGGAGGAAGAGAGGGUGAGGACUCUGUCCCUGAAAGUUCGCUCGCUGGAGAAAGCCAACGACCACCUGAGGGAGCGAGUGAAGACCAUGAAGCGUCAGCUACGCCAGGCCCAGCGAGAAAAUACAAAGGAACAACAGACAAUCAGCCUCAAGCAGCUGUAUGAGUCACGGACGGCCCAAACUCACCCCGAUCAGGACACCACACAGGACCGAAAGACCCAACCACUCAAAAAGAAGCUAAAAAACUAGACCUGUCCAGCUUCCGUGUUCAGUUGUCUUCUCCAUGUCGCAGAAGCAACCAUUCAGGAUUAGUUGAAUCGUGCCUUUGAGACCGAGAGGCUGCUCUUUAGUGGGCCAUCUACUUCUUUUUCAGUAUCUUAUCCUGUUGUCUGUCCUAACGUUUACCUUUGUUCUUUUUUAACUCGGUGGCAGCACAAACAUUUACACAUCCUAAUAUGAUCAAACUUUGCAGCUGGAAGAUGCACUGAUGGAGCAAGAAGUAGAAAAUGUUGAAACUGAAUAUCUUCUCUGAUGAAUUAUGCUUUUUUUUUUGUGCGGGACACAUCAUGCAUUGGUUACAAAUCAGACUUAAUUACAAUAUGCUCCAAAUCUGAUGUCGUUUUUGACAGUUUUAUAUUUUUAUCAAAGGCUUUAUUAUUGAUUCAAAUGAUGUCCGAAUCCCCCAAUUAUUGGGACAGAAGUGUGUAAAGAACUACAUGCUGAUAUCUUUUACAAGAUGUGGCAUUGGGUUAAUUUUAGAUUCCCACAUAUAAAACCUAUAAGGCUAAAAUGUAAAGUGAGACUGUUGGGGAAGUGGAUGUACAUUAUUCUGUGAUUGCGUAUGCAAGUGUCAGGCAAAUUGCUUCAGACUUCAUGAUAGCUUCUUUCCUCUUCAAAUACUUUGAAUUUAUCACUUGAGCACAUUACACAUUCCACUUUGUUCUAUGCUGAAUAUAAGUCUAAUUUUUGUAUGUUGAGCUAGGGUGCUGAGCACCCAUUAAAUCCAGCCAGUGUGUCUGGCGUGGUUCAGGAUUGGCUUUUUCUGUGUCAGAAAUAAAAA